GAGCUGCUGGGAGUCACAGCAGAGCGAGGGGCCUAACUGAGGAGCGAUCCACUGCAGAGAAGCAUCACCAUGGGGAACUGCGCCGAUUGUCUGACCAAUUUUUUCUGCCACUCAAAGAACACCAAUGUUCGUGUGAGUCUGCCGGCUGUCUGCUUCGUCUGGCAGAUUGCUAUGAUCAUUCUGUUUGGAGUUUUCAUCCGGUAUGAUGAGGAGUCGGACGCACACUGGGUAGAGUUCAGAAGGGAAAACAACAUCACCAGCGACAUCGAAAAUGACUUCUACUUCAGAUAUCCCAGCUUCCAGGACGUCCAUGUCAUGAUCUUCGUUGGGUUUGGUUUCCUCAUGACCUUCCUGAAACGCUACAGCUUUGGUGGUGUGGGAUUCAACUUCCUGAUCGCCGCCUUUGGUCUGCAGUGGGCUCUUCUCAUGCAGGGCUGGUUCCACGCCCUCAACCCAGAGACUGGAAAAAUCACCAUCGGUGUAGAGAGUCUGAUCAACGCAGACUUCUGCUGUGCCGGCUCUCUAAUCGCCUAUGGUGCCCUCCUGGGAAAAGUAAGCCCCGUCCAGCUGCUCGUUGUCACCUUGUUUGGCGUCACACUCUUUGCUGUUGAGGAGUACAUCAUCCUAGACCUCCUUCACUGCAGAGACGCUGGUGGCUCCAUGGUCAUUCACGCCUUCGGAGGGUACUAUGGUUUGGCCAUCUCCUGGGUCCUGUACCGACCAAACCUACACCAAAGCAAGCGCCUCAAUGGGUCUGUCUACCACUCGGAUGUGUUUGCCAUGAUUGGUACUCUGUUCCUGUGGAUGUUCUGGCCCAGUUUCAACUCCGCCAUCACAGACCACGGCGACGGACAGCACAGAGCAGCCAUCAACACUUACCUCGCCCUCGCCUCCUCUGUUCUCACCACAGUGGCCAUCUCCAGCAUGUCUCAGAAGAGAGGAAAGCUGGACAUGGUGCACAUCCAGAAUGCCACCCUGGCAGGUGGUGUCGCCAUGGGAACAGCGGCAGAGUUCAUGAUCACUCCAUACGGCUCACUUAUUGUGGGUUUCUGCACUGGCAUCAUCUCCACCUUUGGCUACCUAUUUGUGACGCCUUUCUUGGAGAAACACUUAAAGCUCCAGGACACUUGUGGAGUUCACAACCUGCACGCCGUGCCCGGGAUGCUCGGUGGCUUCAUUGGCGCCAUUGUUGCUGCAGCCGCCGAUGAAAGUGUCUACAGCAGAGAGGGGUUGAUCAACACAUUUGACUUCGAAGGCGAGUUUGCUAACAGAUCGGUAGGAACACAGGGAGGCUUCCAGGCAGCUGGUACAUGUGUGGCCAUCGCGUUUGGGCUUGUUGGAGGAGGAAUUGUCGGUUUUAUCCUGAGGUUCCCCAUCUGGGGCGACCCUGCUGAUGACAACUGCUAUGAUGAUGAAGUUUACUGGGAGGUUCCUGAGGAUGAGGAGGCCAUCCCUCCUGUCUUGGAGUACAACAACCACAUGAUCCACAAACACCAGGACAUAUCUGAGUCAAACUUCUCUGUGGAGCAGAGUUAGACCCUCACAGUGGACGAUCAUGCUUUGAUAUCACUUUGAACUUGAUACAGCUGUGAAACAACAUUAAUUUAUGAAGGAGCAACCAUUGUUUGGGUGUAUUCUGUCUUGUUCAUGCCUGAUACAUUUUUCUGGCACCUGUGUCAAUGAUUGGAAGAUUAAGAUGAUAAUUACAAAAUAAUGUAACAUUUACUCUGAAUUCAACUGCAUUUACUUUCUCUUUUUGGAAGAAACAUACUUAAUAAUUUGCAGAUGCUUAAUGACUGGAACGUGUCAGGUCCUGAAUCCAGGCAGUGUGAUGUGAAGUCACAGACACUUUGUUUAUGUCUAUAAUGCAUAGAACUACAUUUUGUUUGAAAAAGCAUCAUAAUACUCGUUUGUCUUUACCAUAGAAGGCUUUGAAUUAUAUUAUGCACUGCCUUUUGAUUGCAGAUAUUGCCGUUGAUGAAGUUUGCCAUUUUAGUUCUCAUAAAUGAAGAAGUAUAUUGAAAUGAAUCAAUUUAGUUAUGUUUGUAAAAAAAAAAGAGGUGUUAAGUCAAGAAUCAAA